AUGACAAACAUAUUACAACUAUCCUCUCUCAUUCAGACCCGCAGGCUGUUGACUGACAGAACUGACCCAUUUCCAAGUUUCCCCGUCGUUCCGCAGUCCGCACUGCCUCCUUAUAUCGACCAAAAACAGAACAUAAUUACCCACAGCUCGACCAACCCCAAGAUGAUUAUCGACGACAAAGUCAUCAUGUAUCCCCCUCCACCGCCCUACCAGUCCCCGUCAUCGCCUUCCCCGUCUUCUCCAUAUUUCCAAUCCUCUUCUAGGAGGCACCCAACCCUUACAUCUCUACCCUCGCAUAUCCUUCUCCAAAUCAUUCACCACACCUUCCCACCGCUCACAUCUCCAACGCAUCUGCCUGUUUUACCGCCUUCCUCGUCGUUAUCUCAGCACCAGCUCGACCAGUACCUCUACGAAGAUAGCAAACCUUCAUUACAGCGCAAGACCCUCUUCUGGAUGUCCACAUCGCUGCGCCUCGUAUCGCGCAGGUUGUAUACAGCAUGCAUGCAUGUUCUCAGGAGCACGUACCUCCCAAGCUAUAACAUGCUUAUCCGCCCACCGUACACGAGCGAUCCAUUCCCGCUCACCCUACCUACGUCGAGCAAUACCACAUCUGGAUCUGGAUCCACUCCUGCGCAGCCACAAGAACAAGUUCCUACGUCACCUGUCUCCCAGUUCGGGCCGCCGGCUUACAGUCGAUCGACUACUUCCCUAGUUUCCCAGCAACAAGUUGAAGACACAUCUCCACUUAUGACGAUCCAUCGCGAGACGCUCGUUCUGGACCGGUUCAUCGCUCUUAAAGUCAGACAGGACGUCUUUGCGGACGACUCCGAGUUGCAUAUCGAACGUGAGGACGCGUUUCGGGAUUUGUUUGACGUCGAGCAGCCGCGUGCGAGGUUGGAGGAUUUAGUACGAAUUGAGGGUGUACGGCAGGGCGUGGUAUGCAUGCCAGAAGUCGGACAGAGUGGAGGCAGAAGACAGGAGAGGAGGAUGUAUGGUGCGAACAUGGGUACAGGAUCGCACAGUUCGAACUCGUCGCUGGCAUCACUGUCGUCGGUAAAGACAGCGUAUAUGGUCCCUCAGUCCAAUUCCCAAUCCCAAUCGCAAACACAACCAUCGUCAUCAACACGGAUACACAACCCACCGCCUAAACCCAAACCCAAACGAUUAUUCUUUGGGUUGAUAAAAGGUUCCUCACCCUCUUCGCCCUCUUCACCAUCACCAUCCACCCCACCACCAUCUGCCGUGAAAGAAACACAAGUCGAAAUUCAACCCAUCCCUUUCUCCGCCCUUUCCGUCUCAUUCUCCCCCCGGCGCAUAGGCCUUGUGCUCAAUCGCUCGCGCACGAUCGCCGAGGUACCCCGACUCGGCGUGGGGAGGGGGAAAGAGCCACUGGAGGUGCUCGCAAAGGGGUUGGUGAGGGAAUUGAGGAGCUUUUUGGAAGGUUCACGGUGA